AUGGCAGAAUUCUCCCCCUCUCGUAAACCUUGUUCUUGUUCCCCACGCACGUUGAAAUCUGGGAAGAGUGCCGCCCGCGCCCCUGCUUCUCGUGGCCUCUUUGCCUCGUCCAGCAUGGAGUGGACGAAACCCCGCUCGCAGCCCCAGUUUGCAUAUCCGCUGCAACCGCAGCUCUGGUAUAACCAGUAUGACGACGUCAACGAGGAAGAUAAACAAGAGGCAACGCUUGGCGUCGAUCGACAUGGCUGUAUUCACGCGUCGCAGCCACCUCGAUCGCCUUUGCCACGAAAGUCGGAACUUCCAAGCACACCUGCGUACAACGGAAUGGCGUUUCAGUCGCUGGGCUUGCCGCAAGUGGAAGAAGCGACGGAGUUCCAGCCGCUCUAUUUGCUUCAAAGUGGUUCGUUUUUCGACGGGACAACGCUGCCAGCGCUACCUCCUCAGUCACAGCAGGAGGGAUCAUUAUCACUGCCUCAACAGCAGUUCGGUAUGCAAGUGCCAGUGCAGUUUGCUUCGCAGUACUCGGAGCUUCCAGUAGAGCCAACGAGUCAGUAUUUGCGACCACUUCCGACAUUAUCGUCAUCGACGAUGCAAAUGCCCUUCAGUUCGACCAGACCACCGGUGGAUUAUUUUCACGAAGGUAUCUCAACUCCCCACAUCGCGCGUAGCUCAGUGCCGACAUUGCCAGCAAAUUUUGCGUCUCUGGAGCAACAGCAGCAUUUUUUGCCGCCGUCCCUAUUGGAGUACCAGGAAGGAGACUUUGACAAUGACAUUGCGCAAGAGAUCUCGUCGAGCAUGUUCCAUGCGUCAGCGAUGUCUGCGGAAUUGUCGGAGCGAGAACGACAGAACAGCUGUCCAGCUCGACCGAACCUGAGCGUCAGUGGCACACCUCCUACUUGUCUAUCCGCGGUUGCACCGCUAAGCAGGCCUAAGCGAGAGGGUGCGUUGCGAGAACCGUUUACGGCAAUGGCAGUGACCGACAAGCCCAAGUUUUCGCCCGACAAACGCAAACUGUGCUGCGUCGAAGGCUGUUUGAGCCAAGCCCGAGCCUUUAACCGAUGUAAACGGCACGGUGGAUCCAAGCGAUGUUCGAGUCCAGGCUGCACCAAGAGCGUGCAGAGUCGCGGACUGUGCAUCCGUCACGGCGGUGGCUCACGGUGUCAAGAGAGUGGCUGCACACGUGCAUCCCAGAGUCAUGGUCGGUGCAAGCUGCACGGCGGUGGCCGUCCGUGCAUUGUGGCAGGUUGUGACAAGAAGGCGCAUCUCAAGCGUCUUUGUCGCAAACACGGCGGCGGCAUCAAGUGCCGUGUGGCAAACUGUGAAAAGUGGUCUCAGCGUCAGGGCAUGUGCAUGACGCACUCGAAGGUGGCUGGAGGCCCGCAACCGAGUGGCAUUGGAACGAUCGGCGAGCUGGAUCAUUUUGGCCAGAACGCGCUAUCGUUGCCGGCGUGUUCAGCCUCCUCUUCGCCGUUGUCGCUUUCUACGUUUUCGGAUGCUGCAUAA